CACGGAGCUGGGACCUUACCACCUCUCUCUCUGGCCGUCAGCGGACUCCCUUCUCUGCACACGUCCUCUUCUGAAAUGUGUGCGCGCACUCUGCUCGGAGCAGGACAACAGCGCGCGCGUGUGUGAGAGAGGGUGAGGGCACUUCUCCGCAGCAAGUUACAGGCUGGGGAUUAUUCGGCGCUAUCGAAAUAUUUCAACACGUCGCCUUCGCUACCGGACACGGGCCAAUAAGAAGCUGGGCAUUUUAGCAGGAAUGCCUGUUUUGUAAACAGCGAGGAGGAGGACGAAUACAUCGCAGCUAAUUGAGCGACCAGUCCAAGUUGGUUAAAUUCGAUUCAUGUUCACGACGCAGCCAGAGACACUGAAAGGUGUCCAGCCUCGAAUGAGAACUGCCUUUGCCUUACCGAGAUUAAUGGAGAGCACUUUUGACAAUCACUCUGGACACUUGUAAAUUUGACAAGGUCACAGCAGAUAUUUACAGCGCGUACUUUUCAAAAGUGGAUACGAGUUUUUGCAACAUUCAAGAAGGAAGACAUUAUUUUCUUUUAAUUCAUAAUCAUUUGUAUCGUGUGUGCUUGCCACCUACUCUGGUGUAGAAACAUUCUAUCAAGACUACACCGACGUCUCCAUUUAUUGACUGCUCCUGGAUGAACUUCCUGAUGAGAGAUCCAGUCAUACAGGGAUCAAAUAUGGCAUAUCACCCAUUUAUACCUCACCGGGGUCCAGAAUUUGCCAUGAGUGCAAUGCUUGGUCACCAGCCUCCUUUCUUCCCGGCGCUGGCGCUGCCUCCCAGCGGUUCCCUGUCUCUGCCGGGCGCACUAGGAAAGCCAAUCAUGGACCAGCUGAUGGGCGCCGCAGAAAGCGGCCUACACUUCUCCUCUCUGGGACACCAAGCUGCCACUGCACACCUCCGGCCCCUCAAGACUUUGGAGCCCGAAGAGGAGGUGGAAGACGACCCCAAAGUGCAUCUGGAAGCGAAGGAGCUUUGGGAGCUGUUCCACAAGAAAGGCACUGAGAUGGUGAUCACCAAAUCCGGAAGGCGAAUGUUCCCUCCAUUCAAAGUUCGCUGCACGGGGCUGGACAAAAAAGCCAAAUACAUUUUGCUAAUGGAUAUAGUAGCAGCAGACGACUGCAGGUACAAGUUCCACAACUCUCGCUGGAUGGUGGCAGGAAAGGCCGACCCCGAGAUGCCAAAAAGGAUGUACAUUCAUCCAGAUAGCCCGGCCACUGGAGAGCAGUGGAUGUCCAAAGUUGUCAAUUUUCACAAACUCAAGCUGACUAACAACAUCUCAGACAAGCAUGGAUUUGUAAGUUCCACUAAUACCAUCCUUAACUCUAUGCAUAAAUACCAGCCGCGCUUUCACAUUGUACGGGCUAAUGAUAUCCUCAAAUUGCCCUACAGUACGUUCAGAACGUACGUAUUCCCAGAGACUGACUUCAUCGCAGUGACUGCGUAUCAAAAUGACAAGAUAACUCAGCUCAAAAUUGAUCAUAAUCCGUUUGCGAAAGGAUUUCGGGACACUGGCAAUGGCAGACGAGAAAAAAGGAAACAGCUGGCCUUGCAGUCCAUGCGCUCCUAUGAGGACCAGCAGAAAAAGGACAACGGUGCAUCAGACGACUCCUCAGGAGAACAGCCGUCUUUUAAGUGUUUUGGCCAGGCAUCGUCUCCCGCCGUGUCCACUGUGGGCCCCCCACAUGUUAAAGAUUUCGGUGACAGCGAUGAAGACAGUGAUGACGAUAGCAAAGACGGACAUCUCAAAGAUGGCCCCGACUCUAAUAAGAUUUCCACUACCACGGAAGACGGGAAGGAGCAUGAGGCAAGCCCAGCCAAGUGCAACCCUUUUAGUAACAGUGACUCCAGCAGCAGAGCGCGCGAUGCCGGCUCCAGAACUGAGAAAAGUCAGGCUGAUUCUAGACAGAGCCCUGUCACGGUCAUCUCCAGCACUACGCGCUCCGCAGAGGACAUCAAAAGCCCCAAUCUAGAGCAGUCCAAAACAGACGAGUGCCGCUCUUUGAAGGACAGCUUUAUGCCUUUAACCGUUCAGACCGACAAUUCGCACUUGGGCCACGGGCACUUGCAUAACUUUGGAUUUCCCCCUGGUCUAACAGGACAGCAAUUCUUUAAUCACCUCGGCAACGCACACCCGUUUCUCUUGCACCCGGGUCAGUUCAACAUGGGAAGCGCGUUCUCAAAUAUGGCUGCGGGCAUGGGGCCCCUCCUGGCAGCUGUAUCUUCAGCAGGAGUGAGUACCAUGGACACAACCAGCAUGGCUUCUCCCCCACAAAGCCUGACAGGAACACCAGGCCUGCCAUUCCAUCUGCAACAACACGUCUUGGCAUCACAGGGCCUGGCUAUGUCUCCGUUUGGUGGUCUGUUCCCCUAUCCAUACACAUACAUGGCUGCUGCGGCCGCGGCCUCUUCUGCAGCCUCUUCUUCUGUGCAUAGACAUCCACUUCUGAACGCAGUACGACCUAGACUCAGGUAUAGUCCUUACUCGCUGCCCAUGACAACGCCGGACAGCACGCUACUCACCACGGCUAUACCCUCUAUGGCCAGCGGAGGCUCCGAGCUCAAAGCCAGCAGCCCCGUGUCUGCAGUGACGCUGGACUCUACUUCAGAAGUAACCAGUCAUUCAUCCACUAUCUCUUCUGGCUCAGUGUCAUUGUCUCCAAAAACUCUAUCAUCAGAGAAAGACGCUGCAAACGAGCUGCAAAGCAUCCAGCGUUUGGUCAGUGGCCUGGACUCCAGUCAGGACCGGCCCAGAAGUGGUUCUCCAUAGGGUCCAUUGAUGGAAAACCAAUUAUGUUUUGAUGUUGCUUUGGAAGAUGAAGAUUUUUGGACAUAUUUAGAUGAAUACCAGUUAAAAACAAACUAUUAACUGUUUUAUUUUCUGAAAUGCACUUUGGUUAAACACACUUGCUAUGUUUAUGAUUUGUUUUGUUAAAUUAAACCACACGUUUCUUGUCAUUUGAAUACCAUAUAAGUAUUGGAUGUCAAUGACCUACGACUUGUUCGGGUGAACCUGCUGCUUUGUCCUUCAGAUCUGAACGUAAAUCGGUUGUGUUGUAUAUGCAUUCAUUUGUACAAGCGUUGGUCCUACAUUUAAACACUGCUGUAUUUUCAUUGGCAUAAGACGCGCGUUAUUCGCGGGUAGGCCUAACUGGCCAAAACGCUGCAUGCCCUUAAACUUUACAAUUACCAUAUUACUUUCAAAAUAUUGUAUCCUUUUUUAUUUCUAAUUGGUGACUAAACUCGUAGCCCUCGCACGCGUCUAAUGCAAAGGGAAGCAUACAAUAAACAAAGAGAGUAAGAGUAAAUGAAGUAUUGAAUAUUGGUGUACAUAAGGAUAAAUAAAAUAUUUAUGUAAUUAUUUCAUAUUGUUAUUGCGUGUAAAUACAACAAGUAGUAUGUUUUUAGGGAUCAGUUUAAUUUAUUGUUAAUAUAGCCAAUAGGCCUACCUACCUGUGUAAAGAUCAUUUGUGGGGUUAUAUUUUUCUUAUGUUGCCACUUGCAUUUAUUCCCUCAUCUUUUUAAAAUGGACUUGAAUCCCCUUAAAUGUUCUCACUCUCGUGUGCCAUUGUGUUUUCACGUGUUCUUGUGCGUAAAGUGCUACUGUUUUCAAAAGGCGAGAACGCACUGCACCAAUGGCUUCAGAAAAUAAACGUUGAAUAUCAGGUCAAA